AUGCCGCUCCUCGUCUACUUCGCGCGCCGGAUGCGUCUCACGGCCGCAGCCUCGUCCUCCGGCAAGGCCCCAUGGCGCAUCUUUCGCCACCAAAACGAGGCGCGCUUCAAGUUUUUGAUCCUCCGGCUGCUCGAGCAUCGCAACCGGGCGGUCGAGUGCACGGAGCUAAGCGCCGGGAGCGCCGCCUCCAUUGCGGCGCGGCCGGUGCGCGCCUUCUCCCUCUUUGUGCGCGCGCAGUCCGAGUCGCUCAAGCGCACGCAGCCCGACCAGGGCGCUGCCGCCGUCCGCAAGGCGGUGGAGGCGAGCUGGCAGUCCCUCUCCGAUGCCCAGCGAGCGGUCUACGUGCAGGCCGCGCGCGAGCACAAUGCCGGCAUCCGCAAGAGGCAGACCCUCACCGCGCCGCCAGUGGCAGUGCAGACCGCGGGCGCGCCAGCGCCGGCAGACACCGCGAUUGUGCCUCCCGGCGGGCUGAGCGCGGCGGCGGCACUGCCCGCCUCGGCCGUGCUCCCCGGGGGCUGCCUUGCUCCACCGCCGCCCCUCGCCGUCUCGCCCCGUCCCGGUUCGUCGCUGGCGCCGCCAGCUCAAGCCGGCAACACGACCACGGAGCAGGGGGGCAGCGAGAAGUUUGAUGUUGCUUACGCGAUUGCCGACUGA